AUGUUGGAAUCCAACAAUGUGAUCACUUUCAAUGGCUUGGCCAACAGCUCCAGUUAUCAUACCUUCCUUUUGGAUGAGGAACGGAGUAGGCUGUAUGUUGGAGCAAAGGAUCACAUAUUUUCAUUCAACCUGGUUAAUAUCAAGGAUUUUCAAAAGAUUGUGUGGCCAGUAUCUUACACCAGAAGAGAUGAAUGCAAGUGGGCUGGAAAAGACAUCCUGAAAGAAUGUGCUAAUUUCAUCAAGGUACUUAAGGCAUAUAAUCAGACUCACUUGUACGCCUGUGGAACCGGGGCUUUUCAUCCAAUUUGCACCUACAUUGAAAUUGGACAUCAUCCUGAGGACAAUAUUUUUAAGCUGGAGAACUCACAUUUUGAAAACGGCCGUGGGAAGAGUCCAUAUGACCCUAAGCUGCUGACAGCAUCUCUUUUAAUAGAUGGAGAAUUAUACUCUGGAACUGCAGCUGAUUUUAUGGGGCGAGACUUCGCUAUCUUUCGAACUCUUGGGGACCACCACCCAAUCAGGACAGAGCAGCAUGAUUCCAGGUGGCUUAAUGAUCCAAGGUUCAUUAGUGCCCACCUCAUCCCAGAGAGUGACAAUCCUGAAGAUGACAAAGUAUACUUUUUCUUCCGUGAAAAUGCAAUAGAUGGAGAACACUCUGGAAAAGCUACUCACGCUAGAAUAGGUCAGAUAUGCAAGAAUGACUUUGGAGGGCACAGAAGUCUGGUGAAUAAAUGGACAACAUUCCUCAAAGCUCGUUUGAUUUGCUCAGUGCCAGGUCCAAAUGGCAUUGACACUCAUUUUGAUGAACUGCAGGAUGUAUUCCUAAUGAACUUUAAAGAUCCUAAAAACCCAAUUGUAUAUGGAGUGUUUACGACUUCCAGUAAUAUUUUCAAGGGAUCAGCCGUGUGUAUGUACAGCAUGAGUGAUGUGAGAAGGGUGUUCCUUGGUCCGUAUGCCCACAGGGAUGGACCCAACUAUCAGUGGGUGCCUUAUCAAGGAAGAGUCCCCUAUCCACGGCCGGGUACUUGUCCCAGCAAAACAUUUGGUGGUUUUGACUCUACAAAGGACCUUCCUGAUGAUGUUAUAACCUUUGCAAGAAGUCAUCCAGCCAUGUACAAUCCAGUGUUUCCUAUAAACAAUCGCCCAAUAAUGAUCAAAACGGAUGUAAAUUAUCAAUUUACACAAAUUGUAGUAGACCGAGUGGAUGCAGAAGAUGGACAGUAUGAUGUUAUGUUUAUCGGAACAGAUGUUGGGACCGUCCUUAAAGUAGUUUCAAUUCCUAAGGAGACGUGGCAUGAUUUAGAAGAGGUUCUGCUGGAAGAAAUGACAGUUUUUCGGGAACCGACUACUAUUUCAGCAAUGGAGCUUUCCACCAAGCAGCAACAACUAUAUAUUGGUUCAACAGCUGGGGUUGCCCAGCUCGCUUUACACCGGUGUGAUAUUUAUGGGAAAGCCUGUGCUGAGUGUUGCCUCGCUCGAGACCCUUACUGUGCUUGGGAUGGUUCUUCAUGCUCUCGCUAUUUUCCCACUGCAAAGAGACGCACAAGACGACAAGAUAUAAGAAAUGGAGACCCACUGACUCACUGUUCCGACUUACAACACCAUGAUAAUCACCAUGGCCACAGCCCUGAAGAGCGAAUCAUCUAUGGUGUAGAGAAUAGUAGCACAUUUUUGGAAUGCAGUCCAAAGUCACAGCGAGCACUGGUCUACUGGCAAUUCCAGAGGCGAAAUGAAGAGCGAAAAGAAGAGAUCAGAGUGGAUGAUCAUAUCAUCAGGACAGAUCAAGGCCUUCUGCUGCGUAGUUUACAACGGAAGGAUUCAGGCAAUUACCUCUGCCAUGCGGUGGAACAUGGGUUCAUACAAACUCUUCUUAAGGUGACCCUGGAAGUCAUCGACACAGAGCAUCUGGAAGAACUUCUUCAUAAAGAUGAUGAUGGAGAUGGCUCUAAGACCAAAGAAAUGUCCAAUAGCAUGACACCUAGCCAGAAGGUCUGGUACAGAGACUUCAUGCAGCUCAUCAACCACCCCAAUCUCAACACGAUGGAUGAGUUCUGUGAACAAGUUUGGAAAAGGGACCGAAAACAACGUCGGCAAAGGCCAGGACAUACCCAAGGGAACAGUAACAAAUGGAAGCAUUUACAGGAAAAUAAGAAAGGUAGAAACAGGAGGACCCACGAAUUUGAGAGGGCACCCAGGAGUGUCUGAGCUGCAUUACCUCUAGAAACCUCAAACAAGUGAAACUUGCCUAGACAAUAACUGGAAAAAAAAAAAAAUGCAAUAUACAUGAACUUUUUUCAUGGCAUUAUGUGGAUGUUUACAAUGGUGGGAAAUUCAACUGAGUUCCACCAAUUAUAAAUUAAAUCCAUGAGUAACUUUCCUAAUAGGCUUUUUUUCCGAAUACCAACACCUAACAGAGAACACAGGUGAAUGCAGUUGUUCACUUUAGCAGACUUAAUGUUUCCUAUGAGAUUUCACUGUACAGGUUUGUCUUUCUUCUUUGCCUGAGAAAUAAAAAUGUCAUUUGCCAUAUUGCCAUCUAAAGGAGAAAAACUGCAUCAGCAAAGCCAUUGUACUGAACUAAAAGUUUAAAAUGAACUGCAUGGAUUUACUAAGCUGAUGAAUAUUCCAAAACGUGGUUGGAUUCAAGGAUAUAUUUUGUCUACCGGCCCUCAUGUUUGUAUGUACUUGAGGAGUAAAAUGAGUAAAAUGAUACUGAAUGAAACGUUCUGUGGAAAUAUUAAAAAAAAGAAAACAUAAGCCAUCCAUCAUCCAGAAGAAAAAUGGAGUACACUGAUCUACUACUGAUGUCUUCUUUCAGCUUUGAUCUAAAGAUGUAUUUUAUUAAAACUAUAAUUUAAAUGUACCAUGACAAAUAUGCAGUAAAAAUUAGUUGUUUUCUAAGCUAGAGUAGGAUUUGUCUUACAAUUAUUGUGCUAUGUAGUUUUUGUUUUAAAAAUUCCAAUGGUGUGCUGCUUUCUUUGGACAUUUUAUUUUCAAUUCUAUAAGACGGAUAGAUGAUAUUGUUCUAGAAACACAUAUACAUCAUUAAGAGUGAACCUCUAUUACCAGGAUAGAAAUUAUGCUUUAUUUCUCUGAGAAAAUCAAACAAACGGAAGCUGUUCACACCUCCCCUUCUUUAAGCAUUACCUAAAUUAAUUUUUACUUACAUAAUGUUCUUAGGAAAAAAAACAGAACAUUUAACCAGGAAAAAAGGAAGAAAAAGUUGAUUUUUAAGUGCAUUUUACUAUAAUGAAUCAAUGAAGGGAAAAGGAACUGCAUAUUUCAUGAAAAUAAUAAGCAUUGUCUUAAUAUACUGUUAAUAGAAAAUGUGUCUUAAUUCUGUGCUUGAAUUCCUGCAUGAUAUUUGAGACAAAGAUCUCUCUUGUGAUUCCACUAAGAAUUUUAUCUGUGUCACUUAAUUUUUUUGAAAGAGAGAGAUCAAUAACUAUUCAGAGCAACAUGUUAAAGGCAAAGUUUCCAACCAUUUACAUCUGUAUCAGGUGCCUCUUAUCUUUCCUUAUUUAAGACAAUUAUUUGUACAAGAAAUACAUGACUCUUUUCAUGUCCAUGGGAGGGACUUUUCUACAAAGUAUUUUCUAGGAUGCAACCCACAUUUAAACAAUGUAAAACUCUUUGUUUCCUGCAACAACUUACAAAAUAAGGUAAAAGACUAAAAUUCAAGAUUUGCUUCCUUCAUUGUCCUAAGACGAUUCAUUGAGAAUCACUGACUUUGAGAUACUUAAAACUUUCAGCAUUAUACUGUGGUUUCUUUUGCACUGCACUCACCUAUUCAGGACUCCUCCCCCAGGUUCCUCAUCAUGUACAAGAAUGCAAAGAAAACAUCUUAUUAGCAAUUAAUGAAGCAACAUUGAAAUUCUAAUUCUAGCUGUCUUUGGAUUCUAAUUAACUCAGCAUCAAUUUCUCACCUCAGACUACAGUGAAUUUUUAUUUUCUAUCAGCUGAAAUAUUUCACAGAUGGAAGCUCAUGUUUCAGUUUUAAUGAUUGCCUUGAAUAAACAAGUUGUUGCCACUUGUUUCAAACAGAAGCCUAAAAAUAAUCUACAUUCAAUUUUAGGCUCCAUUGACUAAUAUGGUGUUGCUUUUGGAAGUACUGUACAUCCUCAAAUGGAAGCCGAAUCGUUAAUUUGAAGGACACACUACUGUACAGAAAAUAGUGUUUGAAAUAUAAAUCGAAGAACAAAGAGUGCUCCAAAAAAUAGGUCAUUCUUUUAUUUUCAUAAAGUACCUUAACUGUA